AUGGAAGAUUCCCCCUCCAAAGAUUUACAUGUACAGAGCCAACUUUAUCCAAAAGCUCCAUUAGGUCAUGACUGACAUCAGCCGGGGAGAAGGAAGCAUAAGAAUGAUACAUGUGGGUCAUUAUUUCCUGCACGUCCUCCUCUCCUCAGCCUCAUCUGAACCGUCUCAGGGACCUUCAGAGCCGACUGUGACUUUGUUCCCAGCUAGCCUCCGCCCAGUCUGCAUUUCCUCCUUCAUCCUGCCUGCCUUAAAUCCAGCGCUGGAAGAGCAGAGAUUGUGCCUCUCCUGCUAUUUCACACCAGAUUCUUGAAAUUGAAACUUCAUUUCUUAGUCUGGAGGCCCAAAGUGGCUCGCUCUUGGCCAGUUGCUUCCUCAGCUUUUUCCUCUCCCUCCCCCCAACCUCCGGUCCAGAAAUCUGACCCUGAUUGUCAGGCCUGGCUUCCAGCUGCUCAAUCCUGGGGCCUUAGGAGCGACCAGAGAGGAGAACGGUGUAACAGCAAUUGACCUUUGUCCUUCGUGUCAGACUGCAAAUACAGAGGACAGCUUUAUUUAAUCAGCAGCUGGGCAUCCCCCCAUUUAGGCCCGCCACUACUCUGGUUCCGUUCAGACAACCGAAGGCUCCCCUACCCGCCCGCCACCAGAAUGUCGUCCCUGGAAGGCAUCUUGCGACAGGACUUGAAGAUGGUUCAUGGAUACCCCAUGAUCCUACCGUUUUCAUCUGACUGGGAAAGGAUCGAGCAAUUCCAGGCCAGGCCUGAUGACAUCGUCAUUGCCACUUACCCCAAGUCCGGGACCACUUGGCUAAGUGAAAUCGUGGAUAUGGUUCUGAACAAGGGUGAUGUGGAGAAAUGUGAGCGGGACUUCAUGAGCAGGAAGGUGCCCAUGCUGGAGCUGUCAGCUCCGGGUCAGAGGUUAACAGGAACGGAGCAGCUGGAAAAGACACCAUCACCCCGGCUGGUGAAGACUCACCUACCCAUUGAUCUCCUUCCCAAGUCUUUCUGGACCAACAGAUGCAAGAUGUUCUAUCUGGCACGGAAUGCCAAGGACGUAGCCAUCUCAUAUUACCAUUUCCACCAAAUGAACAAGUUACUUCCUCUCCCAGGAACUUGGGAAGAGUUCCUGGAGAAAUAUAUGGCUGGAAAAGUGGCCUAUGGUCCCUGGCACGAGCACGUGAAGAGCUGGUGGGAAAGAAAGAAGGACUAUCCUCUACUUUACCUGUUCUAUGAGGACAUGAAAGAGGAUCCAAAGAGGGAGAUCCGGAAGGUGAUGCAGUUUCUGGGACAGGAUCUGGAUGAGUCGGUCCUGGAUAAGAUCAUCCGACACACCUCAUUUGAAGCGAUGAAGGAUAACCGGUUCCUGAAUUUUACAGAUCUUGCAAUAAUGGAUCAUAGCAUCUCGCCAUUCAUGCGCAAAGGGAUGGCCGGGGACUGGAAAAAUCACUUCACCAUGGCCCAGAAUGAGAUGUUUGAUGCCGAUUACCGGAAGAAAAUGGCGGGAACCACGCUGAGGUUCCGAUCUGAGAUCUGAGGGGCCGGGGGCUCCGAGCAGUGGUUGGCUGCUGGGAGACCCUCAUCCGCAAAACCUGGCCCAGGCCUCCAGCCAAAGGAAGGGUGGGUCACCCCACGAUGCCUGGGACCAAGGGAAACCUGCUUUGGAGGCUGGGGGAGAAAGGGCCCCCACCACCCCGUCAAAUAGGGACCUGGGGCUAGAGGAGGGACUCCUUGCCAAGGCCUAGUAGGUUUGUGUGCAUAUCAUGCACUUCCUUGACUCUGGGUGUGGGUGUUUAUGUUUGCGUAACUAUGGUCAUCUUGUAUGUUCAAUUCUCAAUUUGUGUGUGUGUGUGUGUUGUGGUGGGUGGGGGCUGCCUGUAUAUCUUCCUCCACGACCUUAUGCGUGUAUGCGUGCUUGUGUGAACAUAUGAGGACGUAUAUUGUCACAGAGAAUAUGUCCCUGUCUCCUUGAGUGUGUGUGUGUGUCUUUGUAUGUCUACCUCCCUGACCUUGAGUGUUUGAGUGUUUGUGUGAACAUGCACCACCCUGAUCCUUGUAUGUGUGUGGCUGUGUGUCCAUUUCUCCUGCCCCAGCUGCUUCUAUGUCUUUUCAUUUUUCCCUAGCUCUGCCCCAUUAACCUCACCCAGAAAACUCCACCACAAAUCUUCCCCUGACCUCACAAUAAAAUGUUGACCCUCUGCUCAGGGCAGUUUGAUUCAGUCUAAUCUGAUUUCAGAUUGAGGUGAUUUGCCAGUUUGCACCAGACUAGCAGGAUUUAUAUUGCACAUAACUGGUGUCAGUGGUCAUACUGAUAACUACUGAAUAUACAGACGAUUGUAAGCAAUGAUAAGGAAUUGGCCUUCGGGCCUUUGAUUUUCAGUGAAUUGUUAUAGCCUUCCUGGAUUUAACCGUUUUAAAUAAAAUCCUAAAUUGUCUUUGUCCUCUCAAAUGGAA